GCUUAGUGAAAGUGGUGAAGUGCAUGUUGUGGAUCUUGUCAUCUAUUGCUUUAUUUCUUUUUCUCUCCUUCUUAAUCAAUUGUCCUUUUUUUUAAUACUUCCUUGCCAUUUUUACCAAAUCAACAACAAUACUCUCUCAUUUGUCUCUUCAUAGAAACAAUAUCAAAAAAAUGGAAGAUUAUUCCAUUGAUUAUGAAGUUCAAGCUUCCAAGAAAAGGAAGGUGGCUGAAAAGAUUGUGGUAACAGUGAAACUUGAAGAACAUGAAGGCAAAAAGAAGAGUGAUUUAAACCCUUCUUGUGAUUGUUGGUCAUGGAGGAAAUAUGGUCAAAAACCCAUAAAGGGAUCUCCUUAUCCAAGAGGGUACUACAAAUGUAGCACAUCAAAAAGUUGUUCAGCCAAGAAACAAGUGGAAAUAUGUAGGACAGAUUCAUCCAUGCUCAUUAUAACAUACACUUCAACUCAUAAUCAUCCAGACCCUAAUUCCUCCAAACAACCCAAAAAUGAUCCGAAAUCCGAUACAAUUACAACCGAUGAACUAGACCAAAAAAACGUUGGAGAAAAAGACCCCGUUGUUACCUCUCCAAACGACGAAAAUAAAACCGAUGAAAGUGAUAACUUUCUUUACAUCCAAACCCCAGAAAAUGAAUUUCAUUUGACGUUAGACCCUGAAAAUACAUUCUUUGAUCAAGAGCCGCUCUCAUAUCCUGAUCUCAUGAACUUUUCGGCAUCAAAAACGGAAGAAAAUGACUUUUAUGAUGAACUUGAAGAGUUACCCAUGUCUUCUUCAUCAUUCAAGAGUUUUAUGAGAAGUAAUUUUUUUGAGGAAAGAGUUCUUGUUCAACCUUCUUAAAUAAAAAAGAAGUAAAAUAUGUAAAUCAUAUUUAGUUUGUUGAUAAAUUUUAAAUUAGCUAGUGGUUAAUAAUUAAUCCCUCUAAAACUAAUAAAGGUAUUGAGUGGAGAUUAUAAUGUUUUAUUUAA